AUUCUGGAACUGCAGAGUGAUUGUGCUCAUGAAGAUUUGAAGUGCUCUCCUUUUAAAAAAGAUUAUUUCAAUAAUUAGAGUUGUUGAAUGAUGAGAAAUAGACAAAAAUUCUCUUCAAAAAUUCUUUCCCAGACCAAAAGCUGCUUAUCGUCAGGUAUGCGGAACCCCAGUAUUUCAGAUGUCACACUUGAUCUCCACUUCCUGCUCCCCAGGGACUGAGAAAGGGGAGAUGUGGCAGAGGAAUCAGAUCUCUCCGGCAGACUUCAUCCUUGAAGGUUUCUUUGGUGACUCCCUCACCCACCGUCUUCCUUUCUCCUUGACCAUGGUGGUCUUCCUUGUGGCGGUGAGUGGCAACACCCUCACCAUUCUCCUCAUCUGUGCCGAUCCCCGGCUUCAUACACCCAUGUACCGCCUACUCAGCCAGCUCUCCCUCAUGGAUCUGAUGCAUGUCUCCACAACCAUCCCCAAGGUGGCUACCAACUACCUAUCUGGCAAGAAGUCCAUCUCCUUUGUGGGCUGUGCGACGCAGCACUUCCUCUAUUUGUCUCUGGGUGGUGCCGAGUGUCUUCUGCUAGCUCUCAUGUCCUAUGACCGCUAUGUUGCCAUCUGCCAUCCACUGCGUUACACCGUUCUCAUGAACAGAGAGGUGGGACUGAUGAUGGCUCUCAUGUCAUGGUUGGGAGCAUCCAUAAACUCCCUAAUUCACAUGGCAAUUUUGAUGCAUUUCCCUUUUUGUGGGCCUCGAAAAAUCCACCACUUCUACUGUGAGUUUCCAGCUGUUAUGAAGUUGGUAUGUGGAGACAUCACCAUUUAUGAGAACACAGUGUACAUCAGCAGCGUCUUGCUUCUCCUCUUCCCAAUCUUCCUGGUUUCCACAUCCUGUGUCUUCAUCCUCCACAGUGUCAUUCAGCUGCGCUCAGCUGGCAGUAAGAGAAAUGCCUUUGCCACUUGUAGCUCUCACCUCACUGUGGUUUCCCUGUGGUUUGGUGCCUGCAUCUUCUCAUAUCUGAGGCCCAGGUCCCAGCACACUCCAUUGCAAGACAAAGUUGGUUCUGUGUUCAAUAGCAUCAUUACUCCCACACUGAAUCCUUUGAUUUAUACUCUCAGGAAUAAGGACAUAGCUAAGGCUCUGAGGAGAGUGCUGGGGAGAGAGAUUAUUACUCCAAGAGUGCAACUGCAGUUGCCUGGCAUCUAAGAGUGGGAUGGAAUAAGCUCCUUAAACUGAUCAGGGUAAACCUCUCAGAUUUUUCAAGGCCCAGAUCCCUGAUGACUACUGCAGAAUGAAGCGGCUGACACACAAUUCCAGUAUUCUAAGUUGGUCUCAGGCCCCUAAGCACCACAGGGUACUAUCUUAGUCUAUAACAAAACACCAUGGCCUGGACGUCUUAAACAACAAACACCUAUUUCUCAUAGUUCUAGAGGCUGAGAAGUCCAAGAUGAAGCCUGGAAAGUGCUAGGCAUUCUCUUACUUCCUUUUAAUCUCUUUUUAAAUGUAACCUCGGCAAAAUGUGAUUCCCCAAGUACCCUAUCUAGAGCAGCACUCUUCAUUCUCUGUCCCCAGCUUCUACUUUGCCUGAUGUUGCAUGAUAUUCUACUAUGCUGCAUCAUAUUUAUUGUCUGUUUUACUAGAAUGUAAGCUCCAUGAAGACAAGGACUUUACUUUGUUUAUGAUUAUUUCACCAGAGCCAAGAAAAGAGCCUGGUAUGAAAUGAGUGCUCAGUGACUAUUUGUUUCAUGGAUUAAUAAAUAAAAGGGACCUAGCUUAUUUUACUAUUCCACAUGACAUUAGUGAUAUGUGACUCAGGAACGGGAAGAGAUUAUAAAAGUGAAUUAAUACAAUGGAAGGCUUGGUAAGACUCAUUUGUCUCAUAGCCAGAUAUUAAUCUAUGCAAAUGCAGAGGCCUGACAUCUCCGUGAACUUUUCUGGGGUCUAUGUGUCUGGGGAUGGCAAAGUAAGGGACAAAUUUCUAUAUCUUGUUUUCUAUACUAGUUAAAAAAAGAGUCAUGAAGCUCAGGGACCAUCUUCAGAAGAAUACCCUUAGGGUUUGAGAGCAAAGUUAUGUCCUCUUUGACAAAGCAACUAUUUUCCCUUUGAGAAAUAGCUUUUGGGCAUUCUAUAAUAAGGUGAGCUGCCUGUCAUGAGUUGGGUGUCAUCUUAUCCAUCUAGCUCUAAGGUUGGAUUUGCCCUAUAAGUAGGGUUAAUUUGCACAGAAACUGUGCCUGUGUUGUUUCUGAAGGCACAAGGGUGUUGCAUAAACACCUACCACAUAAUCUCAGUUAGAGAGAGGUGGUGGUCCUCUGCUAAUUCUCCCUCUCUCUACACACAACUAUGUGCUUGUCAGGAAUGCUAUAAGAUUAUUUGAGAAUUAAACUAUCUGAGCCAAGUUUAUGAAUGGUUAUUUAUGUAAUACUAGCAUCUGCCAAUAGUAAAUAAUAUAGUGCUGUUAGGGCUCCCCUUGAGAAGAGAUUUAACCCUAUAUUAUUUUAAUUGUUCUUUAUAUAUUCUAGAUAGUAACCCCUUAUCAGAUAAAUGGCUUACAAAUGUUUCCUGUAAUUCCAUAGGUUGCCUAUUCACUCUGUUGUGUAUUUUGAUGAGCACAAGUAUAAGUUAUUUUUUGAUGCAUCUAUUUUUACUUUUGUUGCCUCCACUUUUUGUGUCAUAUCCAAUAAAUCAUUAGUAAAUCCAAUGUCAUGGAGCACCCCUUAUGUUUUCUUCUAAGAGUUAUGUACAGUAGACAGCUUGGUAAGACUUAGCUUUAGCUUGAUAAGACACAGUUUUAGCUCUUACAUUUUGGUUUUUGAUACAUUUUUGGGUUAAAUUUUGUAUAUAGUAUAAGGUAAGAGUUCAAUUUCAUUCCAUUUACAAUAGCAACAAAAAAGAGUAAAAUACUUGGGAACUAACUUAUCCAUGGAAGUGAAAGCUUUGUACACUGAAAACUAUAAAACACUGCUGAAAGAAAUUAAAGAGAUAGAUAAAUGAAAAGAUAUACUGUGCUCAUGGAUGAGAAGACUAAAUAUUGUUAAGACAUCCAUACUACCCAAAGUGACCUACAGAGUCAAUACAAACCUUAUCAAAAUACCAAUGGUAUUUUUUUCAGAAAUAGAAAAACCUAUCCUAAAAUUCAUAUGGAAUCAAAGGACCCCAAAGAGCCAAAACAAUCCUGAAAGUGAAUAAAAUGGCAGAACUCACAAUAUCUGAUUUCAAAACUUCCCACAAAAUUACAGUAAUUAAAACAGUGUGGUACUGGCAUAAAGACAGAUACAUGGACCAAUGGAACAGAACAGAGAUCCCAGAAAUAAACCUUCACAUAUGUGGUCAAGUGAUUUUCAACCAGGAUGUCAAGACCAUUCAAUGGAGAAAGUGUAGGUGCUGGGAAAACUGGAUAUCCACAUGCCAGAGAAUGAAAUUGGAUCAUUAUCUUACACCAUAUACAAAAUUUAACUGAAAAUGUAUCAAAAACCUAAAUGUAAGAGCCAAACCCUUUUGAAGAAAAUGGGAAGAGCUUAAUGACACUGGAUUUGCCAGUGAUUUCUUGGAUAUGACACAAAAAGCACAGGCAAAAAAAUUAAAAGUAGAUAAAUUCAACUACAUCAAAAUUUAAAACAUGUUCAACAAAGGACACACAGAGUGGAAAGGCAAAAUGGAAUGAGAGAAAAAAAUUUGUAAACCACACAUCUGAUAAGGUGUUAAUAUCCAGAAUAUAUAAUGAGUGACUACAACUCAACGGCAACAAAACAUCAUGAUUGAAAAAUAGGCAAAGGACUUGAAUAGACAUUUCUCCAAACAAGUUAUACAGAUGGCCAGUAAGCGCAUGAAAAGAUGCUCAACAUCACUGAACAUAGGCGAUAUGAUUAGUAAAAAUCAGCUCAAAUUAGAUUAAAGAAUUGAAAGUAAGAUUUGAAACCAUAAAACUUUGAGAAAAAAACAUAAAUGGGUAAGCUUCUUAACAUUGGUCUUGGCAAUGAUUUUUUGGAUUUGAUACCAAGAGCAAAGGCAACAAAGGCAAAAAUAAGUGGGACUACAUCAAACUAUAAAUCUUCUACACAGCAAAGAAAACCGUCAACAAAAUGAAAAGGCAACAUACUGAAUGGGUGAAAAUAGUUGCAAAUCAUAUAUCUGAUAAGGCGUUUAUAUCCAAAACAUGUAAGGAACUCAUACAACUCAAUAGCAGAAACAAACAAUAGGAUUAAAAAAUGGGCAGAGGAACUGAAUAGAUGUUUUUCCAAAGAAGAGAUACAAAUGGCAGACAUGUACCUAAAAAGAUUCUCAGUAUCACUAAGCCUCAGGGAAAUGCAAAGCCAAACCACAAUGAAAAGACAAGAGGUAGGUGUUGAUGAAGAUGUGGAAAAAUAGGAACACUUUUGCACUGUUGUUACUGGAAUGUAAAUUGUACAGCUACUAUUGAAAAUAUUGAAAAUAGUAUAGAGUUCCCUGAAACAAAAAUAAACUACAAUAUGAUCCAGCAGUUUCAUUUCUGAGUACAAAUCCAAAGAAAGCAAAAUCACUAUCUCAAAAUUAUACCUGUACCCCAUGUUCAUUGCAGCAUUAUUUAUAAUAGUCAACGCAUGCAAACAACCUAGGUGUCCAUCUACAGAUGAAUGAAUAAAGAAAAUGUGGUAUAGAUACACAAUGGAAUAUUAUUCAGCCAUAAAAAGGGAAAUCCUGCUGUUCUGACAACAUGAAUGGACCUUGAAGGCAUUAUGCUAAGUGAAAUGUCAGAGAAAGAAAUACUAUAUGAUCUCACUUAUGUGUAGAAUUUGCACAAUCAAACUCACAAACACUGAGAACAGACUGGCGGCUUCCAGAGGUGAGGCUGGGGCUAUGGGGAGAAAUGGGUGAAGGUGGUCAAAAGAUAAAAACUUCUAGUUGUAAGAUAAUUAAGUCCUGGGGAUCUAAUGUAUAUCACAGUGACUAUAGUUAACAAUACUGUAUUGCAUAUAUGAAAGUUUCUGAGAGAUUAGAUCUUAAAAGUCCUUACAAGAAAAAAAAUUGUAACUAUGUAAAGGUAUGGAUGUUAACUAAACUUCUUGUGGUAAUCAUUUUGCAAUAUAUACAUUUAUUGGUAUACCUUGGAAUAACACCAUGGUGUAUGUCAAUUAUGUCUCAAUGAAACAGGAGAAAAUCUCACCCUUUAAAACAAAUAAAAACAAUGAAAUGCUGA